AUUAUUAGGCGGCAGUAAAUUUCUGUCCCCUUAUUGAGCAGCACAGAGAGACAGCAGCUCAGCUGCUCUUCAACUUCUUCACCUAAAUGUUCCAGACCCCCUUCAUGAGCAUCAGUUAAAUGUCUAAAGUCUGGCUCAGGCCCAAUCACAACAAAGUCGGACUGUAUUCAUCAUGAUGUGCAAUGUAGAUGCAUAUUGAUCAAUAUGCAUAUUAUUCACAUCAUUUGCAGAAUGCUUAUGAAUAUUAGGACAUAAUAGAGUCGAGGCUGACUUGAUUGAAACGUGUCUGUUAAAAAAUGUUUGGGUCACUUACAGCCAAAAACAGCUGCUAUCAUAAACAGUAUUUUACCAAAUGCUGAUUAUACACUUGUUUUUCCCCCCUUAUCUCUUGCACAUGUUCCAGUUAUAACAAUCCAUUUCCUGAACGUAACCACAAAAAUUUUGUGACACGCUGAAGCAACUCUGGGAAUCGGCACACAGCAGAACCAAAGCAGUGUUUCGCCAAAACACCAGAACCUUGAGUAAGAGGUGGGAACUCAGGUGGGUUCUUGGAAGUGAAUUGAUAAGCCACUAAAUUCAGAGUGUUUAUAUUUGAGGGCUCAAGGAUGUCUGGUGGUGAGUCAGAAGCUCCCAGAGGAGACGUGAAAGCUUCAAGCCAGAGAGCGAAGAGGCCAUUUUCCACUCGCCUGAGCAGACGUCCAGACCCGAGCAACAUGUGCAGAUCGUUGACGUUUGGUUCCUUCCUCUGCUGGACUUCUGUCACACUUUGUUACACAUCCGUGGCUCUUAACUCCAACGUUUCAAGCUAUGACCACUUUGAAAAUGAGACUGAUGGUGUUCAUGAGAAGGAGGACGCGGAGUGGGAUCCAUCAUUUGUUCAUCUGAGAAACCGUCUGCCGUUACACCUGCAGCCGAUUCGGCCGUACACACUGCGGACCAGCGAAGAGGACGACCACGACACGCCCAAACCCAAACCUCACCGUCCCUCCCGUCUCCUGCGUCUCCUGGGGUCUUCUUUCGACCCGUUCUGGAUGUCUGUGGACGAGCCGCCCGAGGCCUCUCGAGGACGACAACCUCUGCUGCUUCAUGGAAAACACAACGCCACUUCUCCGCCGGCGCUGCGAGAGGCUGCGGAAAACCUCCGGCGGAAACUGGAGAAGGAAGCUGCAGAGCUGAACCUCGAUCCUCUGCCUGCGGACGUGGCCCGGGCAGUCAGGAGCUGGCUGGUGCGCUCGGCUGCCUGCGAUCUACAGCAGCAGUGGGUCGAUCUGGGAGCUGCUUUCUGGCCUCGCUGGCUGCGGCAGACCGACUGCCAGGGAUCAGACGGAGGUCAGAGGUGCUCCUUCCCUCCUGGGAUGGAGUGUGUGCGAGCUCAGACAACACAAAUAAAGAUCCUGGCGUGGCACUGUGUGGAAGCCAGAGCAGGAGGAGAUGGAUCCGGAAGGAUCAGGGGUGAAAGGUCAGACUUUGAUGACGAAGCAGAGACUAUUCACAAGUGUUUGUGGAGAAAAGUCUCUCAUCCGGUGGUCACUGCGUGUCGAUGCUCCUGUCAAUGAAAGUCUUUCAAACUUCCAAACUGUG